AUGACUGAAGAAAAGAAAAUCGAGCAGACAGGCCUAGAGUGCUAUGACUCAAGCUCAUCACCACAGCCCACACAUGAAAAACAAGGUUAUUGGUCUUCAUUUAAAGAUUCAUUCAAACCACCAAUAGAAGAAAGCCGAACACAGAAGAUUGAUGAUGAUGUUGUGGAUGAGAAAGCACCUUUGACCGAUGUGCAAAAGAUUAAUAUCAAUUCGGCCAACCAGAACAUGCGCCGUGAGUUGAAAACACGACACUUGCAAAUGAUUUCAAUAGGGUCAAGUAUAGGUACCGGUUUGUUUGUGGGUACCGGUAGUGCACUAAAUACAGGUGGUCCUGCAGCCAUUAUUAUAGCCUGGUUCAUCACAGCCACCGCGGUGUUUUCAACAAUGCAAGGAUUAGGUGAGUUGGCUACAACAUUUCCUGUCAGUGGUAGUUUUAACGUAUUUGCCAGUCGAUUUGUUGAACCAGCGGUGGGGUUUGCCGUGGGAUGGAAUUAUUUUUUACAAUACUUCACUUUAUUACCGUUGGAGUUGGUGGCCGCAGCAAUUACUAUACAAUAUUGGGAUUCAGGGGUCAAUUCAGAUGUUUUUGUAAUCAUAUUCUGGCUAGCAAUUACCUUUAUCACUCUCUUUGGCGUGAAGGCUUUUGGCGAAGUUGAGUUUGUUCUAUCAACGCUCAAGAUAUUGGCAGUUAUUGGGUUUAUUAUAUUGGGGAUCGUUUUAAUUUCCGGUGGUGGUCCGACUCAUGAAUUUGUUGGUGGGAAAUAUUGGCACAAUCCUGGGCCAUUUGCUGCAGGGUUUAAAGGUGUUGCCUCAUGUAUUGUGACAGCUGCAUUUUCUUACGGUGGCACUGAGAUGGUUGGGUUGACAGCAAGUGAAACAUCAAAUGUCCGUCAAUCAUUGCCAAGAGCCAUUAAACAGGUAUUUUGGAGAAUUGUGCUUUUUUAUUUUGGUUCACUAACCAUGAUUUCUUGCUUGGUUCCUUACAACGACAAGAGGCUAUUAGGACUGAGUUCAGUAGAUGCAUCUGCUUCUGCUUUUACAAUUGCCAUUGUUAAUGGAGGUAUAAAUGGAUUACCAAGUGUAAUCAAUGCUGUGAUUUUGGUUUCGGUAUUGUCGGUUGGAAAUACUGCUGUUUACGCCACUUCGAGAACUUUAAAAUCCUUGGCUGAACAAGGAAUGGCCCCAAAGUGUGUUGGGUACGUUGAUCGUGCUGGUAGGCCAAUUGUUGCCAUCGGGAUUACCAAUGCCUUUGGGUUGUUUGCCUUGAUUGCUGCCAACGACAAUGCUCAAGAGUCGGCAUUCGACUGGUUAUUGGCCAUAUCAGGAUUGUCAUCGAUUUUUACUUGGAUAUGUAUCAACUUGAGCCAUAUUAGAUUUAGAGCAGCUUUGAAAUCGCAAGGAAGAACCACUGAUGAAUUACCAUUCGUGGCACAAUCAGGAGUUUUGGGAUCAUAUUAUGGACUAGUACUUAACAUUUUAUUCCUCAUUGCCCAAUUCUGGAUUGCAUUAUUCCCGUUGGGUGAACCACCAAGUGCAUACAAUUUCUUUUUGAACUAUUUGGGAUUCCUCGUUUUAGUUGUGUCUUGGGUGGGUUACAAGAUUUGGAAACGCAAUUUAAAAUUGUAUUUGCCAAUUGAGGAAAUUGACAUUGAUACUGGACGUGCCGAAGUCGAUACAGAUUUAUUGAAACAAGAAGUGGAGUUGGAGAAGGCAGAGUUGGCGAAAAAGCCCUUGUAUAUAAGGUUUUAUAGAUUCUGGUGUUGA